UCAGACCUGAAGAGGAAGUUGACGAGAAGCUGAAUCCUUCAUUUCUUGACUUGGUCAGAACCCCGCAGAUAAGGAAACACACUUUGAUCUUGAUGUACAAUUGGUUCACGAGCUCUGUUCUCUACCAAGGCCUCAUCAUGCACAUGGGCCUUGCGGGGAGCAAUAUCUACUUGGAUUUCUUCUACUCUGCCCUGGUGGAAUUCCCAGCCGCCCUCAUCAUCAUCCUCACCAUUGACCGUAUAGGUCGUCGGUUUCCGUGGGCUGCAUCAAAUUUGGUGGCAGGAGCAGCCUGCCUCACCUCGGUUUUCAUCCCUGAGGAUCUCCAGUGGCUAAGAGUCACAGCUGCGUGCUUGGGUAGAAUGGGGAUUACAAUGGCCUAUGAAAUGGUUUGCCUGGUCAAUGCGGAGCUGUACCCCACAUUCAUCAGGAAUCUUGGUGUCCUCGUCUGCUCCUCCCUGUGUGACAUCGGGGGUAUCAUCACGCCAUUCCUGGUCUACCGGCUCACCGACGUCUGGCAUGAGCUUCCGCUGGUGGUUUUUGCGGUGGUUGGCUUGGUUGCUGGGGGACUGGUGUUGCUGCUCCCAGAGACCAAAGGGAAGGCUUUGCCUGAGACUAUUGACGAAGCUGAAAACAUGCAGAGGUAG